AAAGGGAGUCCAUUUUCUCUCCCUGGUAUCCUUUAUGUCCUCAUCGAGUCACUCUGGAGUGACAAGACCUUGACAGUAACCCUCUUGGUGACUUUUCUUCUACAUAACAAGCUUUCUCGCCUAUCUACAAAGCUAUCAAAGCAAUCAUGUCGGCUCCAGUCAUUCAGAGCCUCUCCUCCCUGGGCUCUCAAGUUGGACAAUAUGGACGGCGACAGGCCAACGCUUGGAGGGACAGACUCUUGACCACAGACAAGUCUCGCAGAAAGGCCCAGAUCGUUCAAACCUCGUUUGCUGUCCACCGACCCGUCUGGAUCACGGCUGGGGGCGCUGCGUACACUACUGCAGCAGCAGCCCUACUCACACUACGAUACAUGAAGCGACUAAGAUGAAUUGCUCGUAUGAGGGGUAAUAUAGAUGGACAGGGAUGUUUCUGGUAAACAUACACAUACAGCGGCGGACUGGUCCGAAGCCAAAGGCCUGCAUUGAUUUUCCUUUUUUUCCUUUUUCUUUUCUUUUUUUUUUUGCUGUCUACAUUUAUUUAUUAGUAGGGUGGGUGAUUUAUGGCCACAUAACGAUGGCAGGGAUGGAGUUACCGUGUCCGUAACGUUACCUUCGUUAAGAAAUUUCAAUUAAAGAUAAACCAAGAAUGUGCAUGAGAAUUUUAUUAAUGCCUAAAAGAUACCUGUAGG